GGCUCUCCCCUCCUUUCAUCCUCUCUGCCACUGGAAGCUUAUCUGGCGAUGAACUCCUAUCCACAGAUAUCAACCAACACUGUGACUGCAUGCCCUGACACACACAAACCCACACUUUCUCACACACACUAUCUCAAACAUGUCGUCGGCUGUGGUUGCAGCAGGUGCCUCCUCUUCUUACUCUGCUGCUUUCACGAGGAAGAACCAUUCUAUCAACCCUUUUACUCCUCAGUGCCAGAAAAGCACAUUCCAAGGCCUCUCUCUUCAUGAUUGGAAAAGGGGUGUCUCAAAUUCUUUCACAGCUGAUAAGAAUAUCAGUUUGAACAUUAUAAGAAGAGGUCUUGAGAUCACAGCAAGAACUGCUAAGGCGUCCAAGAACAUCGAGGUUGAAGUGGACAAGCCAUUGGGCCUGACUUUGGGACAAAAGUCAGGUGGUGGAGUAGUCAUCACUGCUGUAGAAGGUGGUGGGAAUGCUGCCAAAUCAGGGCUCAAGGCUGGGGACCAGGUACUCUAUACUAGCAGUUUCUUUGGGGAUGAGCUUUGGCCUGCUGAUAAGCUUGGAUUUACAAAAACUGCAAUCCAAGCAAAGCCAGACUCUGUCUACUUCGUUGUCAGCAGAGGUGUUGAGGUAGACGUUAAAAGACUACCAAAGCGUCCAGCACCUCCUCGCUUUGGGAGAAAGUUGACUGAAGCUCAAAAGGCCAGAGCGACACACAUAUGCAUUGAUUGUGGAUUCAUAUACACCUUACCGAAAUCUUUUGAUGAACAGCCGGAUGACUAUACGUGUCCUCAGUGCAGAGCCCCAAAGAAGAGGUUUGCACGGUAUGAUGUUAACAGUGGAAAGGCGAUUGGUGGGGGGCUGCCUCCGAUUGGGGUCAUCAUCGGGCUUGUGGCUGGUGUCGGUGCAGUUGGAGCAUUGCUAGUUUAUGGUCUUCAAUGAAACAAUUUCUCUCUUUGCCUUAAAAUUUUAGUCUCACUUCUGAUUUUCCCCAAGAAGUUAAUCAUAUCUCAUGUUUCUGCUUAUAUUGCAAUUUCAUGAGCUUUGCUAAUAGCAAUGGAUUUAUAAGAAAGGCCACUCUGAGAGCCUGUGUCUUGAGAAUUCCUAGAGUUAAGGCUUGUGAGCAAUUUGAGCUUUUAAAAUCCAAAGAACUGAAAAACUUAUAUGGUUUUAAGUUUGGAUUUUGGAAAAACUAAAUAUGUACAGCAUUUAAUAUUGAAAUUAUGAUUGGCCAUUCUAGUA